AUGGCGCCUAUCUCGAUUCGACAAAAUCACUCCUUUGCUCCUCCUCGCCCCCACAAAGGACCACCGACCAAACCAAUUGAGACAAGCGCCCGUAUUGACCCCAUCAUCUUCGUGGAGCUGUUUGUGGGCACUGUCGGAAUAUUCAUUCUUUCUGUCCUAAUUUGGAAGGCUGGGAAUUUUAUUCGCUCGUUUACUGAACACAAAGUGUUGGCAGAAGGGAAAUCACCACUGACUCGAUUCGCCAAGACAUGGUAUGGCUGGGUGACCCUCGAAACCCACGAAAGAAACAAACUGUUCUUCCGCAAAUUAUUUUCCAGGGUGCGAGAAUGGACAGCCUGGGAGUCACCAAGAACGAAUUAUCAGUGGAUAUGGUGGGACCCAGGCCAGGAGAUACUUCAGGCUCGACGCAAGGCUCGACGGACGAGAUGGCUGCCAAAGUUCUUGAUGAGCUAUGAAUCACCCCCCGCAGAUGCCAUCUGGAACCCGGGUCCGCCAGCAGAGUGUCACGGUGCGUUACUCGAAGCCUCCGCGCCCGAUCAGGUCUCGUUGGCAGAACUAGCGAGGGUUUCAGUGGAGGAGAAUAUCAAUCCGUUUCCACAGAAGCCCCAAAGGAUGCACGAUAAAAAAGAGAGCAUGGUUUUGUCAAUACCAGCGGAAGCACACAGGAAAAGCCACUCAAGAUUCAGCGCUGGCACAUCAGAGGAAAUAAUGGAAGGCAUUGUUUGGUGUGACGCAAGGACAAAUAUUCACUCAUCGACCACGUCAAUUGACGGCGAACGUUGCUCCAACUUGAAGGAAGAAUUUAUUGCAAGGCGACAGAAGUCUCAACGGAGAGGUUCGAGUCGCAAUGAAGGCGCCUGGCACUUAGUACAAUUUGAUGGUCCCGGUGGGCAUAGCACAGCCAAAUCUCCUUCAGCUUCACACAAAGUAGAUGAGGCCCCAAGAGACCGUCCACGCCAGACAGGACCUACAAUCCGUCGAAUGCAUCACCGGAGACAUCAGAUAUGGGCUGCAAAGAUGCAAGUCAAGGCUGCGAAAUCUUUAUUGCGAGAUUUGCGAGACUCUUCUGGUCCUCCCGGAACACCCAUAACCGAGCUAUUGGCUAGUCUGAUCUCAGAGGAUGGUUUCUCGGACAACGCAUCAGAGGACCAGGCAAUGAAAGGAAGUCAGCGCCUAAAAAAAUCAAUUGGUAGGCUUUCGAUGGCUUUUCGACCGAAUAUUGCGAAAAAGAGAUUUUCGUUUUCUGAUGACAACCCUGUCAAUGGAAUGAAGCCUGUCUACCAUACCGUACCUUCACGGCUAAACCCAAUACUCGAGAUACCGCAGGAUCCAGGGAAUGGGUGGCACUCUGUGCGUGACUUGCAGACUGCCUCUACCAGACACAACAUUUUUGACGUUUGGGAAGAUCAAGACAGCCCCCAUUCAAAACACCCAGAACAUCGAAUGUCGCAGUACCGAGGUUUGGCAGAUAGCAGCAUAGCUCUCGACGACCUGAGUGACUGGGAGCUGAGGCUCAUAGAUAAGCUGAAUCGAAAACUUACGUGGGUCUUCAACGAAACCAUACCUGGUCAAAAGCCGUACCAUUUUACUUUGCUUGCAAAUCAUUGGUUGAACCGUGAGACUUGGGUAGUGGUCGACCCCGUCUCAAGAGUCUCGACUGAUGCACGAAGAAUCCACGGUGACCCGCGAUUUAACGUUCCUUACCUGGAGCCAGACCUAAAGCCAAAGCCGAAGUACCCUGAUGUUGUGCGAAAGAGGGCACAAUUACCUCGAAUUGAUUACUGGCGUGCUGAGAUCAAUCGACAAAGAAGGGUUUCGGGAAUUCGGGAUGUGAUACGCCCAGUGGAUUUAUAUGAGGACUCUGCCGAAGAGCCACCAGAUGGGCAUAUUGACCCCGCUUGCUGGAUCUUGCCAAAGCCCCCACAGGGAUUCGAGAUGUCAACCAAGCAAAAGAACGCAUGGUACGAAGGAGGGGCAGGAUGGCAGGAACAGCUUGAUGAGUGGCAGAGGGUUCGUCGUGGAUAUCGUCUUCGUAAAGCCAUAUUUGAAGGCCGGGUCAACCGGAAUCGAGUGAAAGAGGUCGCCUCAAAUAUCAACAAAUAUUGUCGCCGUGCAUCGCUGAAAGUGAUCGUCCGGGAAGUUGAGAAAAAACCAAGCCUGACCUAA